AUGGUAGCCUUCUUGUUGCUGCAGGGUGCUGAGGCAGUUCAGGGGUCCAGGUACCCAAUGAGACACUGCAUAGAUGGGGAAGCCCACGCAGAACCCCGCGAGGACAGAGUCACCCCAGCCAUGAGGACCUUCGCCCUCCUCACUGCCAUGCUUCUCCUGGUGGCCCUGCAGGCUCAGGUGGAGCCACUCCGGGCAAGAGCUGAUGAAACUGCAGCCCAGGAGCAGCCUGGAGCAGAUGAUCAGGAAAUGGCUCAUGCCUUUACAUGGGAUGAAAGUGCCGCUCUUCCGCUUUCAGGCUCAGGGAGAGGCUUAAGGUGCAUUUGCAGACGAGGAAUUUGCCGUUUGUUACAACGUCGCUAUGGGUCCUGCGCCUUUCCUGGUAGAUUAUACAGGAUCUGCUGCCGCUGAGCUUGCAGAAUCAAGAAAAAUAAGCUCAGAAUUUACUUUGAGAGUUAAAAGAAAUUCUUGUUUUUCCUGUACCUUGUCCUCCAUUUCCUUUUCUCAUCCAAAAUAAAUACCUUGU